GCCUGGGAACCUUUGAUCAGAAUGCCUCUGAAAAGCGGUCUCCCCACCCACAUUGGAGUGAGGAUUGUGCCUGUGUUAAUGGCCUCCUCUUCUUGGGUCCCCACUACCCCAAAAGCUCUCUGGGACCUUCAGCAUGUGCAACAGGAAAGAGGCAGCGUUCCCUCUCUCCCCAGCUUGGAAGAGACACAACUUGGGAAGAAACCUACAGGUCCCUCCUGUUUGCUUUCCCUCAGUCCUGGUAGAGUUCUUUGCCUAUGCUUUUUAUAAUCCCUCUUUGUCCCUGUAUCCUUUACAUAAAAGACCCCCAAACCUUCCACCUUCCUGGUUUUAUAAUUAUUUUUACCAAGGAGCUGCAAGUCUGUAAUAAGGGUAAGUGGUGAAAAGGAAAGUCAGCCACACUUUUCUCUCCAAAAGUAAUUAGACUAAUUUCUGUCAAUCUUUCUUCUGUAAUGUUCAGCCUGUUUGCAUGUGGUAAGCAACACUGUGUGUGUGUGUGCGUGUGCGUGCGUGUGUGUGUGUGUGUGUGUGUACCUUCCCAGGGUGCUUCCACUUCCUAUAUGGCUGGGAUGGAAUUUGGAGCCGCAGGUCCAAGGCUCAGGUCAUUGUAGAAAAUGGGCCAGAUAAUAUUACUGGAGCAUUGUAACUCCGGUGUAUUUAUCUCCGCAAUUGCAGCAAUCACAACAUCAGCAGGAGCCUGUGUCUUACUGUGGUCACAUUCAGCAGCUAUGAGCACGAGUGCCUCCCACACACAUGGCCGCAUAAUUUCAUGCCGGUGUGUAUUCAUUACUGGUGCAUAUGGGUGACCAUUGCUACCGGCUCAUCAUUAGUGGGAAAAGUGCUCUUUGGAGAUUUUUAAACUUUUUUUUUUUUUUAUAAGGUACAGGGUUGCACACAACAAUUCAUUCAACAAACAAUUAUUAAAAACCUGUAUCCCAACCACUUUUUAGGAAUUUAUUUAUGGAUAUAAGAGACAGUCCCUGAACUCAAGGAUCUUACAGCGUGGGGCUGGGGAAAAGAAAGGAAGCUGAGGAAAUGAGGAAGCCUAACAUUGUGUGGUAUGUGUUCUUAACAAAGGCGAACUCAGAUUUUGGUGGCAGAAGGCAGGAAAGGGAAAAUCUUGGUGGAAAGUGACUUCUGAUUAGGAGCUGGUGAGGAAAAGAUAGGAAAGACAUUCCAAGUGGCAGGCACAGCACAUGCAAAGGCAGCGGGGCAGGGGAAGCAGGCUUAUUUUGGAAUUGGGUGACUCCAUACACCCAGAAUGUGCAUGGCUAAGAGAGGCAUCAUCCAAAUGCUGCCCGCUGCUCCCUCUUAGGCCUCGAAUUUGUAAGGUCACUGCUGAAUGUCCUUGUGGAACCUAGUUUUUAUGUUUGUCUAUGCAAUUCCAUUUUGAGCCUCUCUGAGAUUAGCCACUGAGGUGAUAGAAGGAGCAACAGACCCGGAGACAGAUGAUCCAGCAGCCUCUUUUUAACAGCCUAACCUCAAGCAGUUCUUUAACUUCUCAUCUGUGUGGUGGAAAUUCAUGCACUAACUCGGUAAACAUUCUGUGAGUAGGUAUCUGGUACCAGAUACCAUGGUGGUUAUAAAGAUAAAAGCCAAGAACAGAACAGACGUAACUUGUGUCCUCAUGAAGCUGACAUGAAAUUCAGUGGAGGUAAUCAUUUCUGUCCUAAGCCUUUAAGGACCAAAAUAGACAAGGCAUUUUUGUUUUAAAAGCAUAAAACACAAUAAAAGUGAAAGCUUCAUUGGCCCAGUCCCUGGAGUAGGAUGAAUAUCCCUGAGACCUGGGGGCUGUUCUCACACACAGAAGUUAAUGAAAUACCUUUGUCAGCUAUGAAGUACAUGUGGGGACAGAGAGAGUUGAAGAGACCUAGGGCUUCUGGGUGUAUGUGAGCUAAGCUUCCCACAAGUAUAUCAUGAAAUAUAAAGACAUUGGAAGUGAUCUGUUGACCUGUGGGAGGGCUUGCACCACCUGAUCCCCAGUUCCAAAGAAGCUAGAGACAGCACUUAAAGCUAGUAUUUCUCAAAGCCACGUGACAGUGAGGGAAAAAAUUUACCCUCUGCCGUUGCAUCUGGUACACCAUCAGAAUGCCACAUCCCCAUUCACACAUGCCAGUGGAGACUCAUUCCAUGUUCAGCCCAUCAGUUUGUACUGCGAAGCCUGUCUGUGGUUUGGCGUUACACGUCAGAGGCAGUGAUCACAGCGCUCCCCAGUCCCCGGGAUUCAGAAGGAGUACUUGCACUUUGUAUCCUAGGCAACAUCAGUGCUAUAGGAAAAAUUCGGAAGUGUGAAUUGGGAAUCAUUUUGCUUUUGGUAAAGAGCCUUUCUCAAACCAGGCACAUAAGAUCAGAAUCAUAAAAGCUAAUGACUUGGAGGAGUCCGUAGAGACUUUGGACAUUCUAGCCCAACCCUCUCAUCAUCAUAUAGGUGAGGAAACUGAAGCCAGAGAAUGUACGUUAGCUUUCUUGUGGCCUCUCAGCUAGCUCAAGCUGAAUCAAAGGUAGAAUCCAGGGAUGCCUGGGUGGCUCAAUCAGUUAAGCAUCCGACUUCAGCUCAGGUCAUGACCUCCUGGUGAGUUCAAGCCCCGUGUUGAGCUCUGUGCUAACAGCUCAGAGCCUGGAGUCUGCUUCAGAUUCUGUGUCUCCCUCUCUCUCUGCCCCUCCCCUGCUCAUGCUCUGUCUCUCCCUGUGUCUCAAUAAUAAAUAAACAUUAAAAAAAAUUUUUAAAGGUAGAAUCCAGAUUUCCUAACUCCCUAUUAUCUCCAGGUGUAUUUGAUGUCUGGGGUAAGAUUAGUACCCACCCCCCGCCACCGAGGUGAUUCAUAAGGUGAGGCCAGAAUAGAUGUAGAUAGGGGUAAUAUAACGUUUGGAGCAUAAUUACCUCCAGCACUAGCACUGGAAGCACACAACCCUUUCUCAAGGCUGUGCCUUCAGCCUUGCACCAUCUUCCUGGUACUCGCCCAAUCACAUAACAUGUGCUGGGAAUUCUGUAUGCUGCUUUAAUAACUCAUUCCAUCCUCAGACCAACUCUGUGAGAAAGCUGCUAACAUUAUUCCUGGUUUACAGGGAAGUGAGGUACAGAGUAGUUAACCACUUGCUCAAGAGCAAACAGCUAAUUAAGUGGCAAAGCUGGGACUCCUACCUAGACAUUGUGGCUCCAGAGUCCCUGUUCCCAACCCCCAUACUUUAGUCAGGCCCCACCCUUCAUAGAAGGAAGGGCCCAGCUUUUCUCAUACCCUCUGGGUGUUGAGUUGAGUUAGUUAAAAAUAAGGAAUCAGCAUCAAUUUACCUAAACUCCCAUUUUGUCUCUGUGGCCCCCGAUGUUUCAAAAAUCCACAGGUAAACUAACCCAGGCCUAGGCUGGGCCCUCACAGAGGUUGUGCCGCUCAUAAAAUACACUUGGGCCAUUAUUCUCACUCUUGAUUACAACCUCUCUUUCAGUCUAGGACUUUUGGGCUAACAUAAGUCACCAGGGAUCUCAUUUCUAUCAGUAGGGCAAAUGUUUAUUUUUGAGAGAGAAAGAGAGAGGGAGUGGGGGUGAUGGGCAGAGAGAAGGGGACAGAGGAUCAGAACAGGCUCUGCGUUGACAGCAGAGAGCCCGAUGUGGGGCUCGAACCCAUCAACUGCAAGAUCGUGACCUGAGCCGAAGUUAGACGCUCAACCAGCUGAGCCACCCAGGCUCCCUGGGACAAAAUAGUUUUCUUUUAAAAAAUUAUUUUGAGGGGCAACAGGGUUGGUCAGUCAGUUAAGCAUCUGAUUUCACCUCAGGUCAUGAUCUCACAGUUUGUGAGUUUGAGCCCCGCGUUGGGCUCUGUGCUGACAGCUCAGAGCCUGGAGCCUGCUUCAGAUUCUGUGUCUCCCUCUCCCUCUGCCCCUCCCCUGCUCAUACUCACUCUCUCUCUCUCUCUAUCAAAAAUAAAUAAACAGUUAAAAAAAUCUUUAAAAAAUUAUUUUGAGGGGCACCUGGAUGACUCAGUCCAUUUAGCAUCCAGCUUCAGCUGAGGUCAGGAUCUUGUGGUUUGUGAGUUUGAGAGCACUGUGUCAGGUUCUGUGUUGACAGCUCAGAGCCUGAAGUCUGCUUUGGAUUCUGUGUCUUCCUCCAUGCCCCUCCCCUGCUUGUGCUCUCUCUCCUCUCUCUCUCUUUCUCAAAAAUAAACAUUUAAAAAUUUUAAUAAAUAAAUAAAUAAAUAAUUAUUUCAAAAUAAUUAUAACCUCACAGGGAGUUGCAACAAUAGUACAAAGGCCACAUACUCUUGACGCAGGAAGGGCAUUUUUAAAAACAAAGUGGAACUGAAUUUUCUAAUGGAAUGUGGAUAACAGUAAUGCUUUAGGUCCUUUGAAACCAUUAAUAAUCGUUCUCCACAUUUGCCAUGGACAAGCAACCAUUACUGUUGGCUUACUCAAAUGCAGAAGGCAGAUAAAAGCCAUGUUUUUGGCAGCUGAAAAUCACAGGAUUUGAACCAGGAAUUUUUGACUUUUAAAAUUUUAAGAAAGGCUGCUUCUCUUACUCUGGAUUGUUAGAGUUUAACCCUUCUCUAAACCCUCGGACACUGUUUUAAAUCAUGACAUCUUCUGGAAAUCUCUGGUGAGGUGGUUUGCAGAAUAUAAAACGUGAAGACACGAGCUCUUUAAUGCAGAACAAUUGCUAUUGUUGUUGGCAGUGGCUGUAAGCAUAGAUCACUGGACUCUUGUGACAUCUAGGUUCUGCACUGGCUUCACCACUCUUGGAGUAGAAGUUCCUUCAUUUAUCUGCUUCUUCUCUCCCAGGAAUAGUAGCAGCAGCUCAUCCUAGUCUUUCCUUGCCUCAGUGUUGUUCAUGUUCUUUGAAAAGCUGAAAAAGACACCAUGGAGGAUAUUGAAAGCAGCAUCGGAAAGUCAGUAGUGGUGGCGGCAUCAGAAAGUCAGUAGAAUCAGAACAAACGUGCUCUACUUCUGUCAUCCUAGCCCAGAGGGCAGAAGCAGGCAUGGACCCAGGCCCUUUUAUCCUGAACAGAAUGUCAACGCGCAGGCCAUAUGGCAGCCCCAGCAGGUCAUCUGGUAGAAUAAGCCAAUGUUCCAAAGACAGGCUGAGUCCUUUGGCAUCUCAGUCAUCCCUUGGAACCCUGAGCUCUUCCUUUGUCUAGGAUGGUUCCUCUCCUGGAGGCCCUGGGGGAGCAGCCGGGAUUGGCCAGAGCUCUCUGUGUGGAGGAGAUAACAAAAGAAAAGGCUUUUAAUUUCUCUUGUCACCAAGUUAGCCUCGAAAGCCCCACAGUCCUCCCUGAAAAGAGAGCACACUGUUGUGUGAGUAUCUGCCACAGCAAUCUUCUGCUAUCUAAUUUGGUUUUCUUUGUCAAUCAUAGAAGGUUCCUAUGUUUUGUAUUUUCACAAAGCUAGUCCUCAUCUUGAUCUCUUAAGAAGCUGAUGUGUUUGUCAUCUGCCUGGAUGGCGGGUUCUCUCUGCUUAGAUGUGGGGCUCGUCCUCUCAUUAGUUUCUUGUGUUACUUUCUCAUUAAAUGAAGAUCGUUUCUAGGACAAUUUUGCUUUCAAAUGUUACCCAAUCUGAGUUAGGGCCGACCGGCAGAACUUCUAGACAAGUUGUCACUAGAAUUACAUUCCCCGGAGCCAUGGCUCUAAUCAGAGGUCCAAUUCUGAGAUCCCUGUUUCUGAUUCGCUCAGAAUUUGGCAAAGACAGGUUAGAUCCUGUUUUAUGUACCUUCCUGCUCAGUUCCUUUUAAGUUCAAUUCCUUUUUGAAUUAUUAAUAUUUGACCAGAAGCAUUACUGAUGGAGAUAUUGGUAUGCUUUGCUUAAAAAAAAAAAUUCAGACUUAAACUGAAAACCUUACAUAAAAAGCUGCUUUAAUUUUCAGAAAACUUUUUAAAAUAGCCAGCUUUCCUCAUGCAUGUAAAAUGAAAUUAAAAUAAACAAAAUUGACCCAACUUUGAGGAAAGCAUCAAUUAUAAGAGCAAGGCAUUAAUAAAGAACACAACAGGCUUCCGCAUCCUACAGCAUGCCCCUGCCUCCCUUCCAUGGCAUCUAUUCCCACCUUUCCUUUUUCUCCUAUUAGAAUCUAGCCCAAAGAAAAGAUCUUAGGAAGGUACUCGUCCUGAUUUCUGGCUUAUGCAGUGUGCUUUAGCGCUACUUACUUUAUAACUGGACAAAAGGCCAUCUGCCAAAGAAAAGAAUUUCCCAUUGCAGGAUCUCAGACAUCAGCCAGCCAUUAGGCAGGCUAACUUUUAUUUUAUUUUUGUUUGUUGGGUAGUGGGGAGCCAAGCAGGCUUCUUUCUCCGCCAGUCCCAUAUACCCUGUUCUUUAAUCUCAGGAACAGCUCUGCUUUCCUUUUCUUUGUUCUGGGGAAGCUUCAAAAUGAACAGGAAUUCCAGUGGAGGGGCGACGUGUGUGUGGCAGAAAUCGCUUAACUCCUUUGGCCCUUGUUACCCAUGGCUCCUGGAUCAAAGAGCAAUUUGUUAAUGAUGGCUAAGUGUGAAAAGAGACAUCUGUUGCCGUUUGUAAAGGACCUGUUGGUUUUGCAGCACCUGGAAACUCAUGGAUUGGGGGCUGAUGAGGAUUGUGUGCUAGGAGAGCAAUUGUAGGCUCAAGACUCUAGGUAUUUGAGGCAAUGGUAGAGAGAUGUUCAUGUGGCACCUGUGCCAUAGCAGAGUCCUGUCACAUGUACAACCUCUUUUGUAGAUUUACCUCUUCCUGUAUUCAUUAAAUACUGACUGAAGACCUCCUAGAUGCCAGUUCCUGUCCUGAUGCUGGGAUAGAGGAUGAAUAAGAUCUGCUCUCUCCCAGAAGCAUCCCAGCAGAGAAGCUGUGAAAACAAGUAGCUAAGUGAGAUUUCUGAGGAGGGGCUGCUCUGACUUCACCUUGGCCCACCAUGAGGUGCUUCUUGCUCUGUGCCUACAUGCUGCUCCUGAUGAUUUCCCAGCUGAGGGCAGUCAGCUUUCCCGAAGAUGAUGAACCCCUUAAUACAGUCGACUAUCACUAUUCAAGGCAAUAUCCGGUUUUUAGAGGACGCCCUUCGGGCAAUGAAUCCCAGCACAGGCUGGACUUUCAGCUGAUGUUGAAAAUUCGAGACACACUUUAUAUUGCUGGCAGGGAUCAAGUUUAUACGGUAAACUUAAAUGAAAUCCCCAAAACAGAAGUCAUACCAAACAAGAAACUGACAUGGCGGUCAAGACAACAGGACCGAGAAAACUGUGCCAUGAAAGGCAAACAUAAAGAUGAAUGCCACAACUUUAUUAAAGUAUUUGUCCCAAGAAACGACGAGAUGGUUUUUGUAUGUGGUACCAAUGCAUUCAAUCCCAUGUGUAGAUACUAUAGGUUGAAUACCUUAGAGUAUGACGGGGAGGAAAUUAGUGGCCUGGCAAGAUGCCCAUUUGAUGCCAGACAAACCAAUGUUGCCCUUUUUGCUGAUGGGAAGCUAUAUUCUGCCACGGUGGCUGACUUCUUGGCCAGUGAUGCUGUUAUUUAUCGAAGCAUGGGGGAUGGAUCUGCCCUUCGCACAAUAAAAUAUGAUUCCAAAUGGAUAAAAGAGCCACAUUUUCUUCAUGCCAUAGAAUAUGGAAACUAUGUGUAUUUCUUCUUUCGAGAAAUUGCUGUGGAACAUAAUAAUUUAGGCAAGGCUGUCUAUUCCCGUGUGGCCCGCAUAUGUAAAAAUGACAUGGGUGGCUCCCAGCGGGUCCUGGAGAAACACUGGACUUCAUUUCUGAAGGCUCGGCUUAACUGUUCUGUCCCCGGAGAUUCGUUUUUCUACUUUGAUGUCCUGCAGUCUAUCACAGACAUAAUACAAAUCAAUGGCAUCCCCACUGUGGUCGGGGUGUUUACCACACAGCUCAACAGCAUUCCUGGUUCUGCAGUGUGUGCAUUUAGCAUGGAUGACAUUGAAAAAGUAUUCAAAGGACGGUUUAAAGAACAGAAAACCCCAGAUUCUGUUUGGACAGCAGUCCCUGAAGACAAAGUACCAAAGCCAAGGCCUGGCUGUUGUGCAAAGCAUGGCCUUGCUGAAGCCUAUAAAACCUCCAUUGAUUUCCCUGAUGAAACCCUGUCGUUCAUCAAAUCCCACCCGCUAAUGGACUCUGCCGUCCCACCCAUCGCCGAUGAGCCCUGGUUCACAAAGACUCGGAUCAGGUACAGACUGACGGCCAUCGCUGUUGACCAUUCUGCUGGGCCCCACCGGAACUAUACAGUCAUCUUUGUUGGCUCUGAAGCUGGCGUGGUGCUUAAAGUUUUGGCAAAGACCAGUCCUUUCUCUUUGAAUGACAGUGUAUUACUGGAAGAGAUUGAAGCGUACAACCACGCAAAGUGUAAUGCUGAGAAUGAGGAGGACAGAAAGGUCAUCUCAUUACAGUUGGAUAAAGAUCAUCACGCUGUGUAUGUGGCGUUCUCUAGCUGCGUUAUUCGCCUCCCCCUCAGUCGCUGUGAGCGUUACGGAUCCUGUAAAAAGUCUUGUAUUGCAUCUCGGGACCCAUACUGUGGCUGGUUAAGCCAGGGGGCUUGUGGCAGAGUGACCCCAGGGAUGCUGCUGUUAACCGAAGACUUCUUUGCUUUCCAUAACCACAGUGCUGGAGGAUAUGAACAAGACACAGAAUACGGCAACACGGCCCACCUAGGGGACUGCCACGAAAUUUUGCCUACUUCAACUACACCAGAUUACAAAAUAUUUGGCGGUCCAACAUCUGACAUGGAGGUAUCUUCAUCAUCUGUUACCACAAUGGCAAGUAUCCCAGAAAUUACACCUAAAGUGAUUGAUACCUGGAGACCUAAACUGACGAGCUCCCGGAAAUUUGUAGUUCAAGAUGACCCAAACACUUCUGAUUUUACUGAUCCUUUAUCAGGUAUCCCAAAGGGUGUACGAUGGGAAGUCCAGUCUGGAGAGUCCAACCAGAUGGUCCACAUGAAUGUCCUCAUCACCUGUGUCUUUGCCGCUUUUGUUUUGGGUGCGUUCAUUGCAGGGGUGGCAGUAUACUGCUAUCGCGACAUGUUCGUUCGGAAAAACAGAAAGAUUCAUAAAGAUGCAGAAUCUGCCCAGUCGUGCACAGACUCCAGUGGAAGCUUUGCCAAACUGAAUGGUCUCUUUGACAGCCCAGUCAAGGAAUAUCAACAGAAUAUUGAUUCUCCCAAAUUGUAUAGUAACCUGUUGACCAGUCGGAAAGAGCUGCCACCCAGUGGAGAUACCAAAUCCAUGGUAAUGGACCAUCGGGGCCAACCUCCCGAACUGGCUGCUCUCCCCACGCCUGAGUCUACACCUGUGCUUCACCAGAAGACCCUGCAGGCCAUGAAGAGCCACUCAGACAAGGCCCACGGCCAUGGGGCUUCAAGGAAAGAAACCCCCCAGUUUUUUCCUUCUAGUCCACCACCCCAUUCCCCAUUAAGUCAUGGGCAUAUCCCCAGUGCCAUUGUUCUUCCUAAUGCCACUCAUGACUACAACACGUCUUUCUCAAACUCCAAUGCUCACAAAGCUGAAAAGAAGCUUCAGAACAUUGACCACCCACUUACAAAGUCAUCCAGCAAAAGAGAUCACCGGCGUUCUGUGGAUUCCAGAAAUACCCUCAAUGAUCUCCUGAAGCAUCUAAAUGACCCAAAUAGCAACCCCAAAGCCAUCAUGGGAGACAUCCAGAUGGCCCACCAGACCCUAAUGCUGGAUCCUGUGGGACCUAUGUCAGAGGUCCCACCCAAGGUCCCUAACCGGGAAGCAUCGCUGUACUCUCCUCCUUCAACUCUCCCCAGAAACAGCCCAACCAAGCGAGUGGACGUCCCCACCACUCCUGGAGUCCCAAUGACUUCUCUGGAAAGACAAAGGGGUUAUCACAAAAAUUCCUCCCAGAGGCACUCUAUAUCUGCUAUGCCUAAAAACUUAAACUCACCAAAUGGUGUUUUGUUAUCUAGACAGCCGAGUAUGAACCGUGGAGGGUACCUGCCCACCUCCACAGGGGCAAAGGUGGACUAUAUUCAGGGAACACCAGUGAGUGUUCAUCUGCAGCCUUCCCUCUCCAGACAGAGCAGCUAUACCAGUAAUGGCACCCUUCCUAGGACGGGACUAAAGAGGACACCGUCCUUAAAACCUGAUGUGCCACCAAAGCCUUCCUUUGUUCCUCAAACCACAUCUGUCAGACCACUGAACAAAUACACUUACUAGGCCUCAAGUGUGUGCUAUUCUCCGUGUGGCUUUAUCCUGUCCAUGUUGUUGAGAGGAUGAUGUUGUAAGGGUACCUUAAGACAAGAGACUCCCUUGUAUUUUAAGAGAACCAAGUGGCCAAAGAAACUCUUUCUAACUUUGGCAACAUCAGAACUUGCCACAUGUAGCUACUACAGCAAAGCUUCUGUGUACUUGCCUGAAAACAAAGGAAGGUGCUGGUCAUUCCAUUUCUUUUGUUUGAAGCUAAAGAGAUGUGUAGCACCCAGGGGGCUACCUUACCAGUAUAGAGAGCUGAUACAGUACUCAGAAGAGUCUGUAAGCAAAUACUUGAAAAUGGGUUCAACUUAGACUACCAUGAUGUGUGGUCUUCCCAUUAAAUGUGAACAUUUUAAUUGUAUGCAUUCACCUUGCCUCUUGCACAAAUGUCAAAAAACAAUGGUAAUGUCUCAAAGAAAUGAACUUGUAGAUUACCAAACAAUUUGCUAAAACUCCAGUCUUUGACCCAAACUGUAGCAUUUUUUUCAAAGGGUGGCAUUUUUUUUCAUGCCACCAAUGGACUGUGUUGCCUGUGUGUGUGUGUGUGUGUGUGUGUGUGUGUGCGUGCGUGUGUGCGUGUUUGUGUUCUGUACCCAUGAGGAUUUGUUCUGGUGCCCAUUGCAUCUUUUUGUGCUAUGGACUUGUUUACAUUGCGCAUGACUGAACAAGAGACAAUAACUUCUUCCCACAGCAGUCCAUUGGGUUCAGCUUUGAGAAAGAAAUAAAAUCAAGGCUGAUCUGACCAUCAAAAUGAUUAACUUGACUUACAUGGUCCCCAAUGCCAGAAUGUAAGAGUUCUAAGUAAUUUUGUGCUGCUAUUCAUUAAAACUUCUAUUACAGUCUUGCCAGCUUAAGGAGAUAGAGAUGUUAAGAGGGAUCCUUCAUUUAUCCACCAGUAUUCAGUAGUAAAAUUUACCUGUCCACUGUGAAUCCAAGCCUGACUCACUGUAUUUAACCUUGGACACACUAAUAAGGUUUUAUUUUGAUGUUGUUUGGUUUCUCCCAUGUAGUACAAUUUCUCUUCCUUUAACUCCUCCUACCCCCAAGAUAAAUGAACAAAACAGAAGACAGAGGAAGGAAGUAUGAAAGCGAUUAUAAUUGGCCUAACAGAGAGUGUCUAUGAAAACCGAACAGUGGUGCAAUCAUGUUGUCUAUGUUGUGUUAAUAUGAGAGUUUUCUUUGAAGUCAUGCAGGUAAUGACAAUAUACUGUAAAUAUUACAUGUGAGUUUACCUGAAUCUGUGCAUUUUGUGCCUUAUUCAUGAGAAUGAUAGAAGUACUAAAAUAUGUCAAGUGUUUUCAGUAGAGCACAUCAUUUGCCGAGUGCCAGUUGUAAAUGUUUUUCAACCAGCACCUGAAAAGACUUUUAAAAAAUCGUUAAAACAACCUAGAACAAUUAAUUGUGAAACAAUCCACUCAAAUAGCAGCAUUACAUCCUUUGCCAUGCUAAACAUUCCACUCCUGCUUUCCUAAGGAUGAAACAGUGAUAAUGUGAAGUCAAAUGAGGUUUCUCGGGUAAUGUGACACCUGUGGAAACCAUAGAGUCAUUUAUUGGUAGUUUUGCAGAAGCCACUUACAGCUGAUGAUGUGUAACCCUGAUGCAGUUAAUAUGCUGCACACCACACCAUGGUUUAUUGAACCUAAUCUAGAAAGUAUCCAGGCAGAGGAAUGCUCCUGACUUAAGUCAGACAAAUAAGUUCAACCGAUUUCUUGGGAUAACACUGAUGAUACAUAUGACUUGGGGGAGGAUGGGUUGCAGAAGACCAGAGCAUUUUUAUACAGAUUGUAGAAUACUGAUAGAGUUAUUCUUUUCCUUUGAGAAUAUUGCUUUCUAAAGAAUGUGAUUCCCUGAGAUCUGUGGAAGCUCAAAAUCUAGAACUUCUGUUCUCGAAACACUUCAGCUUUGCAACUAAAAUGUUACAGAUUAAUCGUAAAUUAAACCAACCAACGGUAAACACUACUCAGUCCACCGCCAACAAAUGCGUUUGAGUUCACCUUACUGAUAUUAAUCCCGGCGUGCAGAAAACAGAACAGUAACUCUAUGUGAACCCAGAUAACAUUUUGUAACAUUGUGCUGCCUUGUAGUUUGUAAUGUGAGUUCGAUCAGUAUUUAUGUUGAAAUUUCUAACAUAAAAUCUAGUCUCUAUCCUGUUAAUUUAAUUUUUAAAUGCUUUAUCCAUUUGUGCAAAGGUAAACACAGAUUGUAUCUUUUUUAAUGGUACGGCAUAAAAAGUAACCCUAAAGUGAAGUGGCUCUAUACUGUUUUAUAGAGUACUUUAACAUGUAUAGAUAUCUUGUAAACUUGUAUUGUGGAUGUGUAAAUAAUAUGUACUUUGGGUUUUUAACACCGCAUGUAAAGUCAAAAUAAAAUAUACAAAUCAUUACACCCUGCCUCUUGGUAUUGAAGAGA